AUGAAGUUCGGAAGAGAAUAUGAAGCGCAAAUGAUCCAAGAAUGGAGAGAAGCCUACAUGGAUUAUCGUUCUCUCAAAUCCAUCGUCAAACAACUCCUUCGUUACCACCUACAAAACCAACAACGUCCAUAUCAUCCUCCUCCUCCUCCCACCGGAGAGACCGCACCUCUCCAUGCAGCUAGCACCGGCGGGACCGGCUCAGCCGGUCUAUCAAGAAGAGUCUCUCUUUACCGUGCAUUCAGCGGUCUAACAAACCGAGCCAAAGGCUCCCCCAAGAAAUCACACAAACACAACAAUCCUCUAAGCAGCAAACGUCAUUACCAUCUCUUUGACGAUGACGAGGAUCAAGUCAUUCUUAUAAACGAGGACGAGACGGGUAGCUACAACACGACGUUUCUAUGCUCUGCGGAGGAAGGAGGAGAGAUGGAGGUUCAGUUUUUCCGGCGGCUUGAUGGAGAGUUCAACAAGGUUUUGAGAUUUUAUAAGCAGAAAGUGGAGAGCGUGAUGGAGGAGGCUGAUGAGCUUAGUAGACAAUUAAACGUUUUGAUUGCUCUUAGAGUUAAGGUUGAGAAUCCAAAUGUUGACUUCCCUGACAUUAGUAGUAUCUCGAGUGCUCCUUCUUCUCCACACAACAGGACUCCAGUGAUUAUCCUAAUGUUAAAGCUCAUGUGUAAUCUAUGUGAAUGUUUUAUAUUUGUAGCCAUUUCACCAAUGGAAGUGAUCAAAGAAAUGGAACAAGUAGAAGAUAAGAAAGUCUUUAAACCUGCUCCAGUAGAAAUGCUGGAUCAUAUAAAGCUCAAGAUCGAACCGGAGACUCCAUUGUCAAUGCUUAAGUGCAUGAUCAUGGGUCUCUCAACUGAGCAAACCUUCAGCAAACCGGAGCUUAAAAGAGCCGAGGAGCUUAUGGACCGCGCUUUUGUUGAGUUCUACCAGAAACUUAGGUUCCUUAAGAGUUAUUGCUUCUUGAACCAGUUGGCUUUUUCAAAAAUACUGAAGAAGUAUGACAAGGUUUGUAAUCACAUCAUGUUCGUUUUGCAAGUGUUCUUGGUGUGGUUUGAUACUGAUAUUUUUAAUGUUUCACAGACUACUUCUAGGAAUGCAUCUAAGCCUUAUCUACAUACAGUGGAUCAUUCUUAUUUAGGAAGCUGCGAUGAGGUCUCAAGGCUCAUGUCAAGAGUGGAAGCUACGUUUAUUAAGCAUUUUGCCCACGGAAAUCACCGUGAAGGAAUGAAAUGUUUAAGGACUAAAGCUAAGAGGGAGAAACACAGAAUCACAUACUUUCUCGGUUUCUUUUCUGGUUGCGCCGUAGCUCUAGCCAUUGCGAUAACGGUUCUUGUACAUAUAAGAGGUAUAACAAAAAGUGAAGGCAGGCAUCAAUACAUGGAGAACAUCUUCCCUCUUUACAGCAUGUUCGCUUUCGUUGCGGUUCAUUUGCUUAUGUAUGCAGGAGACAUAUAUUUCUGGAGUCGAUAUAGAGUUAACUACCCCUUUAUCUUCGGGUUUGACCAAGGGAGUGAUCUUGGUUAUAGAGAAGUUCUUCUUCUAGCCUCUGGUCUAGCAGUUCUAACAUUUGGAGGAGUCAUCUCGAAUCUUGACAUGGAGAUGGAUCCGAGAACCAAAGAGUUUAGUGUCAUCACUGAGCUUGUUCCUUUAGGUCUUCUCAUGUGCUUCAUGAUUACUCUGUUUUGUCCACUCAAUAUAAUAUAUCGGUCAAGCAGAUAUUUCUUCAUUGGGUGCGCCUUCCGUUGUCUUUUAAGCCCACUAUACAAGGUUAUUCUCCCGGAUUUCUUUCUCGCAGAUCAGUUGACCACUCAGGUGCAAACAUUCAGAAGCUUGUUGUUUUAUGUAUGUUAUUAUGGUUGGGGAGGAGAUUUCAAGAAAAGAACACACACAUGCUAUGAGAGUGAAAUUUACAAAGAACUCUACCUUGUUGUUGCCAUCAUUCCUUACUGGUUCCGCUUUGCUCAGUGUAUAAGGAGGUUGGUUGAGGAGAAAGACAAAAUGAAUGGCCUUAACGCACUAAAGUAUCUCUCGACAAUAUUAGCGGUUGCGGCUAGAACAAUCUUUGAAACAAAGAGAGGGACCUACUGGCUUACGGUGGCUGUAACCACGUCAACCAUUGCCACAUUGUUCAAUACUUAUUGGGACAUAUUCAGGGAUUGGGGUCUAAUGAACCGCAACUCCAAAAACCCUUGGCUUCGUGACAAACUCUUAAUCCCUUACAAAAGCAUAUACUUCAUUGCCAUGGUGGUGAAUGUGGUGCUGAGGCUGGCUUGGAUGCAGACGGUUCUUGGGAUUAGAGAAGCUCCAUUUUUGCACAGAAGAGCUUUGGUUGCUGUUGUUACCAUUUUAGAGAUCGUUCGUCGUGGCAUUUGGAACUUCUUCAGGUUGGAGAAUGAGCAUUUGAACAAUGUGGGGAAAUACAGAGCCUUCAAGUCUGUACCUUUGCCUUUUCAAGAAGUUGGAGGAAGCAAGAGCAUGUAA